CGAAAAUCGGUUUAUACAAUGUCUGUUUAUGCGCGCCGUUGCACUGCUUGUCUUUGUAGAGUCAAAAGCUCAUGUUGUGAUAGACGAAAUGGCGUAUCAUUCAUAGUUCAUAGAAAUGGAGAUACAUUCAACCCGGGGAGACGCGUUUUUAUUAAUCAGAGACUAGCUCUAACAUGGAGCUCAUUCAUGGAACAGGUGAGGAAGCAGUUGGGACAGUAUGUUCCUGCUAUCCGUUGUAUCGUAUCACCAAAUACGGGCACUAAGAUAGAAAGCGUUGGCGACAUAAUGGAGAAUCAUAGGUACGUAGCAGUACCAAGGGGCGAACCUCUAAAACUGUUAGAUUAUCAGAAAACUGAUGAAAGGUCACGAUAUGCAUCAAAUCAUCAUACAUCAUCGGAAUUAUUCGAAAAGUAUUGGAGAAAGCGUCAUAUACGAUUAAAAAGCCAAGUUGGAAGAUUAUCCGAUGGAUUUCGUCGUAAUGUCAAAGUUAUAUUUGUUUAUCGUAAUGGUGAUACAUUUACACCAGCUAUACGUGUACAUUUAAGACCUAUACAAGCAAUGGAUUUCGAAUUAAUUAUGCGUGCAAUUGAAGAUUGUGUUAUUUUACCAUAUGGGAAAGCUGUUCGAAGAUGUAUGGACUAAGCAUACUAUUCAAUCUUCACUAAUUGAAGUAUGGGCAUUAAAACU